AUGUAUCGCGCAACAUUGCUUCUGGCCGCGUUCGCAGCCACUUCUUCUGCCUACCCCGGCUGGUCCAAUGUAGACUUUCUGAGCCAACUCCACUCCCGUGCUGAGUCUGUCAGCAACGAGCCCCUCGGUGACCUCGCGAACCUUGGGGACUCGUCUCUUUCCCCUGUAGGAAAGGAUAUCAAGAACAUCCUUACCACUACUGCCUCUGCCCUUUCGGAUGAUAAGUACGGCGACAAUGUCCCCGCACUUGGCAGCAAGGAGUGCUCUGAUGACAAGUGCUGCGUCUGGAAGCAUGUCGGCGACGAGCUGGCCGCCAUGUUCCGUGAUGAAAACGGCUGCACCGACCCUGCUCGCGCAGCGAUCCGUCUCGGCUUUCACGACGCCGCCGGCUGGAGCAAGGCCACUGGGCCCCUUGGAGGUGCCGACGGCUCCAUCGUCCUCGCAGCCGAGGAGAUCGAGAGACCCGCCAACAAUGGACUGGAAGAGAUUGUUGGCCAGAUGAAGGUUUGGUUCGAGAAGUACAAGGGCAACGGGGUUGGCAUGGCCGAUCUGAUCCAGUUCGCUGCCAACACCGGAACCGUAAUGUGCCCCAAGGGUCCCAGAAUCAAGACCCUUGUCGGCCGCAAGGAUUCUUCUGUGGCUGCACCCGACGGACUGCUGCCCGAUGUCAACGACCCGGCUGAGAAGCUCAUCGGUUUGUUCGUCAACAAGACCAUUUCUCCCCCCGGUCUUGCGGCCCUUGUCGGAGCCCACUCCACCUCCAAGCAACGUUUCGUGGACCAGUCCCGUGCGAACGCCCCUCAGGAUUCCACUCCGGGUGUCUGGGAUACCCUCUUCUACUCGCAGACCUUGAGCGGAGCACCAUCUGAGGUUUUCACCUUCAACAGUGAUAUUGCUCUCUCCAAGGAUGCCGCUACCGCGCCUGCUUUCAAGGUUUUCGCCGAAAACCAACUUGGUUGGAACGCGGCAUUUGCUCGGGAAUAUCUCCGUCUUAGUCUCUUGGGCGUUGAUAACAUCAAUGAGCUCACAGACUGCACCAAGGCGCUGCCUGCGUCUAACUAG